GUGUUAUUCAGCGGUUCAAUCGCUGCACAUGUGGCAGAGAGCAGAGUGGGACAAAUUGUUUGACGCGGGAUUAGUCGUCUGCUACUGAACUAGUUCGAAAUAAAACUGUUAGAUGGCGAAAAUUGUCUGCAAAAAGGAAAGUAGAUCAACGAAAAAUCGUGUUGUUUGGUUUCCAAACAAAAAGAAGAGAAAUUCCGGAUGUCGAGUAACAACGACUUAUGGGAAUCGUAUUGUUUUACAAUCAUGCCGUUGUUUGACAUUGUUCUUCUGUGAGGCAUCUUCACUUGUGGGUCUUGGACAGAUUCAGAUAAUGGCAAACAGCAAUGGGGAAUCCAGUCCUCUAGCUCAACAGAACAUUCCACCCUUCUCGGUGAGAGAAGUCUACAAAGCGGGCUGGCUCAAGGGUGUAUCAUUCCCAGGCGAGAGGAGAGGAGUCAUCUUUGGCAAAAAGUAUGAACGUCUGUGGGCCCUCUUCUGCAUCCACGAUGAUGUCCAGCCAUUCCUGGAGUUUUACAUCGAACCCAAAGCCACUCCAAUGCACCAACCUAUUUGGGCCACAUCGUUGGCUCAGUGCAUGCAUGUCUCCCAUUCCAUCGCUUUGCAGGGUGACACCUUUGAGUUUGUGGUCACCUGUCGUGAGUGCACCGUCCUACGUCUGGGCGCUUCGACUCGCGAACAGAUGAACGAAUGGGUGGACGUUCUGAGGAACCGUCUUCGCGACAUUGGUGUCCUCCAGCCAAAAGAGAAUUUCUACUCUCCCCUUCCAGAAUCUGCCAAACCUCCGCCCAUGACGAACCUCUCGUCCACCAGAGACCCCAAUUCGCCUCUGCCACUUCCGCCAGCCAGCCGGAAUGCACUCCGUUCUGACCAGCAGCAGCAGCAGCAGCAGCAACCAGACGUGCUUUACGCCGACACAAUCGAGUCGCAGGUGACGACAGUGUCUCAGUCUGUGACUGGCGAUGCAGUCGAGUCUCACGUCACCGUCAUCUCUGUCAACGAAGACAUUACGGAUGAUUCAACCUUCCAUGCCAUCGAACCCAGUGCCGUUCCAGCAUCCACGCCCAGUAUGUUUUCGACGCGUGUACGAAUCGCCAGUGCGCCGAGUUCCUUGCGCGAAGCCAUCCAAGUCGAAAACAGUUACGAGGCCAUAUUUAGCUCUUCUUCUUCUGCUCUCCCUCUUCUCGCUACCCCUGCGACUCCCACAACGACCCAUCACCGGAGUAGCCGGCAGCUACCGGAGCUUCCUCCGGGCCCAUCACCAACAGCAACAGCAGCAGCUCAUCCAGCCGAUCACGGGGUGGUCGUGCGGACGCCGUCGCAUCACCACCAUCCUCUGACUCAUCACAACAUUGGAGCCCACGGACAAGCCCAACGAACUCGCGAGGGUCUGAGACGGACCAUGAGCGUCGGGCAGGAGCAUCAGCAUCUCCAUCCUCAGAUGCCACGAUCCAUCCCUCCGCCUUCGUUGCUUUUGCAAACGGGACCCCCUGGCCGUGGGGGCAGAGAUGGAGGACUCGUCCUCAUGCCGAGGCCUCCGCCGAUGUUUGUCUCAUCUCCUCCGCAGCCUUCGACUAGUUCGCAUCACCCACUUGGCACGAGACACAGCAGUCCCCUGUUCCGGCCGACUCCGUCCAAUCACCAGUCGUCGGGCAACAGUGCGGCCCUCCAGCCCGUCAACGCCAACCACGGCCCAGGUGGCCCGGAGUCGGGCUAUUCGCUGAAAGAGAGGCAAGUGGCCCGUCUGCGGAUGGAGAUGCAGCAUCCAGCCGGCGUCCGCAUCAUCCUCAAGAAGAGGGACUGCCACAACACGAUAGCUUUGAUCGACGCCCUCGGCACUGUUUGGGUGGCCGGAUGGCGGCAGAAAGAGAAGCCGCUACUUUACAACGUUUUCCAUAUCGGCGAUCAAAUCAUCCGCGUCAGCCAUUGCAACGUUUCCUCAUCGGUCGAUGUGAAUCGACUCAUCAAAAACGAAUCGUCCGGCCAGAUUGAAUUUAUCGUUCGCCGGAUCCCUUUCGGUCGGGUGUUUCACCUGCGGCGUGAAGCCGAGGGCCAAAGUUUGGGCAUCGUCCUCACCGAGGCGGGCGGCGGUGCAGAGAUCCGCGAAGUGGUGGCCGGUGGAUUGGCUGCCCAGCAAGGCGUGCCACCGAUGGCCCUGAGUCCGUUAACGCUCAUUUCAUCUGCCUCGUCAUCCUCGUCCCCGAUGCCCUGCUCUUGGACGUUGACCGAGAUCAACGGCCGCCCAUUGAAUCUUUGCUCCAAGGAAGGCGAGGCGAGAGACCGGCUCAACGCGGUCGGCAAGGCCGUUUCCAUCCUCAUCCAGCCGACCGAAUUCGUCAAAUUACUCAAGAAGCAAAUCAAGAGCAUUCGCGGAUACAAGGAAUACCUACUCGGCUAGACCACAACGACAUAUCAUCACAUUGGCUGCAACUUUUCCCCUUUUAAUAUUAAUUUUAAUUUUUGUUGUUUUUCUUCAAUGACUUGAUGUCCUGCCCAACGAAGAAAAAAGCACAACGACCUAUCAAACAUUUCCCAACCGAUUUAAUUAUUAUAUACAUAUACAUUUCCAAGUGUUGAUGAUGACCAUAAUCCCCCAAACCCCUUUUGUUUAUUUACCUGUUUGGAUUUUUGCGGUUUUGUCUCUUCUCCAAGAAGAAGAAUCCCCGUCUCUCUACAUUUCUCCAUCUCUCUCUCCCACCCUCUCUCCUACAGCUUUCGUGACUGUGAUACUUAAAAAACAAUUUUUGUCAAAAACAAAACAAGCCGGGAUGAAAUAAAUCAGAAAAACU